UUUUUUAGGAUUUCGUGGAAGCAUUAAUGUGAACCUGUAAUUUUCUUUUAUACUAUGGAUGACAAGUAUUCUUAUACGCAAGCGAUUAAGUGUUUCCCUCUUUGCUAACUACAGUGGACAGUGUAAUGGUACAAGGCAUUUUAUAGCCUCGUUCUGAGACUUGACUUGGUCUCGACCAGAAUAACGGUCAAGUACAUUUUCUGCGACUCUUUUUAGUAGUCCGCCGGAAACGUCCAGAAAUUGAACUAAACGUAGCUGAAGACAACAUAGCUUUCUGCAUUAAAACUAUCAAAAGCAGAAAUUAUCUAACAUAAACGAACGAAAUGGGCUAUCUGAAGCAGAUAAAUGUGGAGAAUUUCAAGUCUUGGCGGGGAAAGCAAGUAAUUGGGCCGUUUAAAAGGUUUAAUUGCAUAAUUGGUACAAACGGGUCAGGGAAGUCUAACGUAAUGGAUGCUCUGAGCUUCGUGAUGGGGGAGAGAGCCUCGAGCCUUCGAGUAAAGCACACCAAGGACCUCAUUCACGGGGCCCACAUCGGCAAGCCUGUGGCUGGCACGGCUAGCGUCACCAUGCUGUAUUGCGAAGACAACGGGGAGGAACUCUCCUUCUGCCGGAGGAUUGCGGGAACCUCGUCUGAGUACCGCAUAAAUGACAAACAGGUCACACACGCCAAGUACACCGCGGAACUGGAGAGGAUAGGCGUUGUGGUCAAAGCAAGGAACUGCCUCGUAUUUCAGGGGGCCGUGGAGUCCAUCUCCAUGAAGAACCCCAAAGAGCGGGCGCGCAUGUUCGAGCUCAUCAGCGGCUCGCAUGAGCUGGCCGAGGAGUACGACAAGAAGAAGGAGCUGCUCCAGCGAGCCAAGGAGGAGACGCAGUUUCACUUCAACAAGAAGAAGACGGCCACCGCCGAGAAAAGGCAGAUCUCCUUGGAGAAAGUGGAGGCCCAGAAGUACCAGACUCUCGUGGACGACCUGAACGAUGCCAAGGUGCAGCUCAACCUGUGCCAGCUGUACCACAACGAGCAGGGCAUCGGUGCGCUGAUGGACUCCCUGAGGGAGCGGCAGUUGGAGGUGGCGGGGAGGAAGGGCGGGAUGGAGGUGUGGGAGGCGGCUGUCAAAGCCCAGAAGAAGGAGCACGGCCGCCUGUCCCGAGAGCUGCAGCAGAUCGAGAAGGAGAUCACGGCUCAGGAGAAGACUCUGGGCCAGCAGAGGCCCCAGUACAUCAAGGCGAAGGUGAACACGGCGCACCACCAGCGCAAGGCCGAGGAGGCGCGCGCGGCCCUGCAGAAGGGCCGCAAGCAGCAGCAGCGCAAGGAGCAGGAGCUGGAGGAGCUGCGCGGAGAGCUGGCCGAGCUGGAGCGUGCCUGGGGCAGCUUCCAGAAGAAGCUGGAGGAGGAGGGAGCCGCCCGGGAUGUCAGCGUGCAGCUGGAGGCCGCGCAGUUGGAGCGUUAUAAAGAGCUGAAGGAGAUGGCCAGGAGACAGGGUGCCAUUCUGAGCCAGCAGGCUGAGAAGCUACGCUGGGAGGUCAAGGCCGACUAUGAAAAGCUGGAGUUUGACCAGAGGCGGAGGAAGGAAGUGGAGGCGAAUAUUAAGUACACUCAGACUCAGCUGGAGUCUUAUGCCACUCGAGCGGAGAAGCUGGAGGAAUACGCCAACUCCUGCAACUCCACCCUGGCGAAGAACCAGCAGCAGGAGGAGAGUCUGGUGAAGCAGCUGGAGGAGGGGCGCGUGCGCAGCGGGGAGGUGAACCAGGAGCUGGGGGAGGUGCUGGGGGAGCUGCAGGACGCCCGCAUGGACAACCAGGAGAGCCGACGGCAGCAGCGCCGCCAAGAGGUUCUGGACAGCCUGAAAAGACUGUACCCUGACACCAUGUAUGGGCGCUUGUUUGACCUCUGCAACCCCAUUCACAAAAAGUACCAGCUUGCGGCUGCCAAGGUGUUUGGCCGCUACAUGAAUGCCAUUGUGGUGGCGUCAGAGAAGGUGGCACGCGAUUGCAUCAAGUUCCUGAAGGAGGAGCGAGCCGAGCCGGAAACAUUCCUCCCAAUCGACUACCUCGACGUGAACCCCUUGAAUGAGCGCCUGAGGGAAAUCCGGGGGGCGAAGGUGGUGGUGGACGUGGUCCAGUGCGCCUCCAACAUGCCGCAGCUGAAGAAGGUGCUGCAGUUUGUCUGCGGGAACGCCCUCGUCUGCGAGACCCUCAAAGAGGCCCGGCAGAUUGCUUUUGGAGGACCCGUGCGCCACAAAACGGUGGCCCUGGACGGGACCAUGUUCUCCAAGUCGGGGGAGAUCUCCGGGGGCUCCCUAAACCUGCGGAGCAAGGCCCGGCGCUGGGAGGAGAAGGAGAUGAGCCAGCUGAAGGAGCGCAAGGAGCAGCUGACCACCGAGCUGCGCGAACUGAUGAAGCUGAAGCGAAAGGAAGCAGAGCUGAAGCAGGUGCAGGCUCAGAUGCUGGGUAUUCAAACACGGCUGAAAUACUCCAACAACGAGCUGGAGACCAUCCGCAAGAAGAACAUCCCUGCCUGUCACACGGAGAUAUCGCGGCUGGAGAGUGAGCUCACUAAUGUGGACUCACUUAUAAUGAUGCAGAAAGAGAAUGUCGAGAAGAAAGAUGCCAGCAUGACGGAAAUCUAUGACAGGGUUAAGCAGAUCGAGGACACGGUGUUCUCAGAAUUCUGUGCUGAGAUUGGUGUUGACAACAUCCGUGAGUACGAACAGGAGCACCUCAAACAUCAGCAGGAGGUGGACAAGAAAUGCCUGGAGUUCGAGUCCCAGAGGACCCGCCUGAGCGCUCAGCUGGAGUACGAGCAGGGCCAGCUGGAGCAGGAGAUGAGGAAGAUCGAGAGCUGGGAAGGGACAGUCCGCAAGGAAGAGGAGAAAGCCGCCAUCCAGAAGAAGGAGGAGGAGAAGCUACUGAAGGCCGUGGAUGAGACCCAGUCCAAGAUACUGGACCUCAAGAACCAACAUCUGGGGAAGAAAAGCCAAGCCAGCGACUCCAAGGCUGAGGUGGAUAAGAAGGUGAAGAGCCUCCAGGAGAAGUCCAAGGAGCUGGUAAAGCUUCAGAAAGAGGUCAUCUCCCUGGAGACCUCUCUGGAACAGAAGAGGAUGGAGAGGCACAACCUGCUGCUUGGCUGUAAGAUACAGGGCCUGCCCAUCACUCUGAUCUCUGGCUCACUGGAUCAGAUCACUGAGGUGCAGCUGGAUUCAGAGACUCAGAGCACCGGUACCACAUUGGACAUCUAUGAGCGAGAGGCACAGUUGCUGAUCGAUUACGAAGACCUGAAGCAAGAGACCAGGGACCUGGAAGGGGCAGAGGAGUUGGAGGCAGAGGUGGGGAGGCUUCAGGAGGUGGUGUCCUCCCUGGAGGCGGUGCUGCAGCGCUCCACGGCCCCCAACCUCAAGGCCCUGGAGAAGAUAAAGGAGGUCAAGGACAUGUACCAGGGAGUUGUGGAUGCCUUUGAGGCCAGCACGAAGAUGGCCAGAAAGUGCAGCCAGGAGUUUGAGCAGAUCAAGGCCAAGCGCUUCCGCCUCUUCAGCCAGUGCUUUGAGCACGUCUCCAUCAUCAUCGACCAGAUCUACAAAGAGCUGUGCAGGAACAGCAGCGCACAGGCCAUCCUUGGUGCUGAGAACCCAGAUGAGCCCUACCUAGAUGGGAUCAACUACAACUGUGUUGCCCCAGGCAAGCGCUUCAUGGCCAUGGACAAUCUCUCAGGGGGAGAGAAGUCUGUCGCUGCCCUGGCCCUGGUGUUCGCCAUUCACAGCUUUCGACCCGCUCCCUUCCUCGUUAUGGAUGAGGUCGAUGCGGCCUUGGAUAAUACAAACAUUGGCAAGGUGACCAGCUAUAUCAGGGAGAAGUCUCGGGAGCACUUCCAGAUUAUUGUCAUCUCUCUGAAGGAGGAGUUCUACUCCAAGGCUGAUGCUCUUCUCGGCGUUUACUCCGAGUUCAAUGAGUGCAUGUACAGCCGUCUCCUGACUCUGGACCUCACCCCUUACCCACUGAAAGAAGGGAAUGAAAAAGAAAAAGAGAUGUUGGGAGAAGAAAAAAUGUGUUGAAGGGAGAUUUUGUCAUGGUUCAGGACUUUUCAUUCUUGUUCCAUGAUCAGUUCAUUCCCCUGUGUGGAUUUCAGUUGACUUUUUUCAGUUACUUUUUUCACAUGUGCAAUAUUUGUUAUUGUUACUGUUUCUGAAAUGAAACCAAGUUUAAUAUUGCUAUAUUUUUUAUAUUUGUUUUAUAUUUGUGUUCUGUGAGUUUGUAAUGUUCUGAUUUCCCCUGUGUUCAUUCAUUUGUUAUAGUGGUUAUAAUACAUAAAAUAAAUGUUGAGCAUUAUAUUCAAAUUAUUAGUUGUGUAAUUCCCUUAUAACAACGCCACAGUGUGGUAGAACUUCCAGCAAACUGUAAAUCUUAACAUUCUGCUGUCAGUAUUAGCAAAAUAAACCCGUUGACUUACA